CUGAAAAAAACACGCUUUCAUCGCGCACCAGAUUUAACAAUUUUCUUCAACUUUUCGGACAUGUUUCUAGUGGCAUUCAUCUGCACUGCCUUGAUCUUACCAUGUGCCUGGGCACAAAACAGCCUGCCGAGUGUGGUUGUGGAGGCGAAGAACCUUACUCUUCCAGCCGGGUCAGAUGUUGUUCUUCCGUGUCAUAACCAGCGGAUGGUUUGGAGGCAGGAUCGCCUUCGGGACCGCCAGCGCGUCGUGCACUGGGACCUGAUCCAGAACCAACCCGAUUACACUGUGGAGCGCAUUUUAGAUAUGUUCUCAGGGGGAACGGAGCGCUUGUACAACGACUACAACAGGGGCCGAAUUACUAUUUCAAAAGAUGCCUUCAGCGAUGGAAACUUCUCACUAGUUAUUAAUAAUGUGGAUGUGAAUGAUAAAGGUAUCUAUACCUGUAACCUACAUCACCACUAUUGCAAGGUCCACCAGUCCAUUCAAAUCCAGCUCAACAUCACUAAAUCACCUCGAAAGGAAAAGCGUGUCUGGGAUGGCGAGAAAUCCGUGCUCGUGGUUCUGGUGGGGAAGAGUGUAGUGCUUCCGUGUGUGAACCGCAGACAAUUGUGGACGGACAGUCAGAGGGACGAGGGCCAGCAGCAGGUGGUCCACUGGGACUGGCAGGCUCCUGGAGUCACCCGUGACCGAGCAGACCGCCUCGUCGACAUGUAUGCCUCUGGAGAAAACCGGCAGUACGGGCCGCUCUUUCUCCGGAAUAAGAUGAACAUCUCAACUGAUGCCUUCUCCAUUGGGGAUUUCUCCCUGAGCGUCCACAACAUUCAGCCCUCUGAUAAAGGCCUGUAUUCCUGCCACCUUCACCAUCACUAUUGCGGCCUACAUGAAAGACGAAUCUUCAGGGUGAUCGUCGGGCCUUCUAUCCAGCCCUUGCCUCCUGCGCGCUCCUCUACUGAAGCACCGAAAACUCCUUCGCAUCCUGUCCUUCCUGCUGAUGCCCCAACAGUUACAAACAUGGUGGAAGCACCUCACGUCCUCAAUGUAAUCCUGCCUGAGAAUCAAACUCAUCUCCUGCACCAAGUGGGCUACAUCUUGGCAAUCUUCCUGCUGCUUCUCUUAAUGCUCAUUGGCAUCAUUAUGACCACGAGGCACUGCAGAAAGAAAGGGCUUGAGUUUGAGGUUCGAAGGUCUGAGCGAAGUGGUCGCAGGACGUCCAUUGAGCUCGAUGCCACAGAACUGCAACCCUACAAUCAGGAAGACUUGCGACUGGACUACAAGAACAACAUAAUGAAAGGAAGGGCAGAGGCAAACAACUAUCCCUCUUCAAAAGUUAUUGAUCUCAACAGAGAAAUGGAGAGAAUGUCAUGGAAGUGAUUCUUAUUGAGCUGCUGGCUGGUCCAGAGUAUACUGAUUGAAAAGAGAUUCAAGGAUUUUACAUUUACAUUGAGAACAAGAAUGGAAUUACUGUCUUUCUACAUCAUAAUUAAUGCUUACAUGAUCUUAUAAUACUCAAAUUCAGUUGAUAUUGGUAAGUCAAUUUAAGUGAAAUCAUUUUCUUAUCAUAACCGCAGUGUGCCAUAAUGGUUUCACAAUGGUAAUCCAUUGAAUUAAAGUUAAGACAAUUUGCUGAAUUCAGCAUUUGGUGGUACUCUAAAAGUUUGUGUGGUAGAAACCACUGUAAGUGUCUGAAUCUGAAUAGAAAUCACUUAUAAAACUCAGGAAGCAAACAAAUAGCUGUGGCUUCAGGUCUAAAUAGUCAAAGAUGGUGCACAAGUGAACCUCAAAGUCAAUUAAAUGUAUUGUUUGUGCUAUGCUGAUGUGUAUCUAUAUGUUACUUUUCUGAGGAAUUUUGAGUCCUAUUGACCAGGACUUCUUUGGUCCAUUAUCUUUUUUCAUUCUUUGUUUCACGGCAUUAUGUAGAGGACAAAGUUGCAGUUUAUUACAGUUAAUGCAAUAUGAGCAUUUUUCGUCACCAUUUUUCCUAUUUCCUUGGUCAGUAAUUCUCAUUUACAUAGGGUAUGAAGCAUUUAUGCAGUAGUUUUCAAAUGAUCUGGAGUGUACAUUUAUCUUUAAAGUGGCAGUACAUGAUCAUGUUUGUAUAGAGGACCAAUGUACAAAUAUAAUAAAGUUUAUUCUGAAAUA